UAUUGUGGUUAUUUAAAUGCAAAUUGUUUUAGCGUCCUUCUCGCUUGUUAUGGCGGGUUGGUAGAAAGUAAAGUUGUUGAUGCUCGCCAGUCACCAAGGAAAUUUCCAGAUGGAUUUCUGUUUGGUGCAGCCACUGCCGCUUAUCAAAUAGAAGGCGCUUGGAAUAAAGAUGGAAAAUCUGAGAGUAUUUGGGACAAAACGUGUCACAUGGUACCAAGUCCUAUCGCCGAUGGUUCAAGCGGCGACAUCGCUAACGACUCCUACCACCUGUACAAACGAGACGUAGAAAUGAUGAGAGAGCUAGGACUCGAUUUCUAUCGGUUCUCGAUCGCAUGGACCAGAAUAUUCCCAACCGCCUACGCUGAUAAAAUCAACGAAGCUGGAGUAGCGUACUACAACAAUCUGAUCGAUGAAUUACUGAAAUACAAUAUCCAACCCAUGAUAACGAUUUACCACUGGGACUUACCCCAGAAUAUCCAAGAUUUGGGUGGAUGGACCAACCCAAAUAUCAUUGAUUGGUACACGGACUACGCACGAGUAUUAUUCGAGCUGUUUGGUGAUCGAGUUAAAUACUGGAUUACUGUGAACGAGCCGCGAGAGAUUUGUCGUCAAGGCUAUGGGAAGGGCAGUUUGGCUCCAUUAUAUACUAUGUCCGGUUUUGGAGAUUAUAUAUGUGGUAAGAAUUUAUUAUUGGCCCAUGCCAAAGCCUACCACAUCUACGAUAAAGAGUACAGGCCCAAACAAAAUGGAACAAUUUUUAUUUCUAUCAGCGCUGCAAGAUACGAGCCUAAUAGUGAUAGUGAGGAAGAUAUAAAAGCAGCUGAAGAUGCCAACAUGUUUGAUUGGGGCAUGUACGCUCAUCCCAUUUUUUUGGAGUCCGGUGACUAUCCUCAAAUUGUGAAAGACAGAAUAGCUCAGAAAAGUGCUGAACAAGGAUAUCCUCGCUCCCGCCUCCCAGAGUUCACACCUGAAGAAAUUGAUUACCUUCGCGGUACCUCUGACUUGUUUGGCCUCAACCACUAUUCCACACAUUUGACGUACAGAAACGAGUCGGUUAUUGGUUACUACAAAGUCCCAUCAUACGAUGAUGAUCUUAGUAUCAUAUCGUACGCCAGUCCUGAUUGGUUAACUGGAUCGCAUCCGCGAAUUAAGACAACCCCGUGGGGAUUCUACAACCUUUUGAGGAAAAUAAGUGAAAGCUACAACAAUGUACCGAUUUUUAUCACUGAGAACGGUUACGCAACAUAUGAAGGGUUAGAAGACGAUGACCGAGUAUAUCACUUCAAGGAAUAUCUAGGUGCUGUUCUGGAUGCCAUUAAUGAUGGAUCUGAUAUAAGAGGCUACUCUUGGAGUCUAAUGGAUAACUUUGAAUGGUUGCAAGGCUAUACAAAAAAACGACCAAGGAAUAUGUUACUCUUUAACAUUAAAUAUUUCGUCGUUCUUCUCGCUUGUUAUGGCGGGUUGGUAGAGAGUAAAGUUGUUGAUGCUCGCCAGUCACCAAGGAAAUUUCCAGAUGGAUUUCUGUUUGGUGCAGCCACUGCCGCUUAUCAAAUAGAAGGCGCUUGGAAUAAAGAUGGAAAAUCUGAGAGUAUUUGGGACAAAACAUGUCACAUGGUACCAAGUCCCAUCGCCGAUGGUUCAAGCGGCGACAUCGCUAACGACUCCUACCACCUUUACAAACGAGACGUAGAAAUGAUGAGAGAGCUAGGACUCGAUUUCUAUCGGUUCUCGAUCGCAUGGACCAGAAUAUUCCCAACCGCCUACGCUAAUAAAAUCAACGAAGCUGGUGUUGCGUACUACAACAAUCUGAUCGAUGAAUUACUGAAAUACAACAUACAACCCAUGAUCACGAUCUACCAUUGGGACUUACCCCAGAAUCUCCAAGAGUUGGGUGGAUGGACCAACCCGAAUAUCAUUGAUUGGUAUACGGACUACGCACGAGUAUUAUUCGAACUGUUUGGUGAUCGAGUUAAAUACUGGAUUACUAUGAACGAGCCGCGAGAGGUUUGUCGUCAAGGAUAUGGAUGGGGAACUUUGGCUCCAUUGUAUAAUAUGUCUGGUUUGGGAGAUUAUAUAUGUGGCAAGAACUUGCUUUUGGCCCAUGCUAAAGCCUACCACAUCUACGAUGAAGAGUAUAGGCCGAAACAAAAUGGAACUAUUUUUAUAACCAUCAGCGCUGAAAGAUACGAACCUAAUAGUCAUAGUGAGGAAGAUAUAAAAGCUGCUGAAGAAGCCAACAUGUUUGAUUGGGGCAUGUACGCUCAUCCCAUUUUCUUUGAGUCCGGUGACUAUCCUCAAAUUGUGAAAGACAGGAUAGCUCAGAAAAGUGCUGAACAAGGGUACCCUCGCUCCCGGCUCCCAGAAUUCACUCCUGAAGAAAUUGCCUAUCUUCGCGGUACAUCUGACUUGUUCGGCCUCAACCACUAUUCCACCCAUUUGACGUACAGAAACGAGUCAGUUAUUGGUCAAUACGCAAUCCCAUCGUUUAAUGAUGAUCUUAGUGUUAUGACCUACGCCAGUUCUGAUUGGGUGACCGGAUCGCAUCCACGAAUUAAGACAACACCAUGGGGAUUCUACAACCUUGAGGGAUAUAAGUGA